UGUGCCUCUCGCGGGAGCGCGCGGUUCCGGGGUGCAAGGCUGGGGCGCAGGCCGUCAUGGCGCUGCGUGCGGCCGUGUUCGACCUGGACGGGGUCCUGGCGCUGCCCUCGGUCGCCAGGGCCUGGGCCCGCACCACGGAGGAGCUGGCGCUGCCCAGAGAUUUUCUGAAUGAAGCUUUCAAGGGAGGAGGCCCAGAUGGUCCCAGUGCCCGUGUGAUGAGGGGAGAGAUCACGUUUUCCCAGUGGGUGCCGCUCAUAGAAGAAGACUGCAGGAAAUCCUCUGAGGACUCCGGGAUCCGCCUGCCUCAGGAUUUUUCCAUAAGUCAGAUCUUUGGCAAAGCACUUGCAGAAAGAAAGAUCAACCACCCCAUGCUUCAGGCAGCUCUCACUCUCAGAAAGAAAGGAUUUACGACCUGCAUUCUCACCAACAACUGGCUGGAUGACAGCAGACAGAGAGGCAGCAUUGCCCAGCAGAUGUGUGAGCUGAGGCCUCACUUUGACUUCCUGAUAGAGUCGUGCAGGAUCGGAGUGGCCAAGCCUGACCCCCAGGUCUACAAGUUUAUGCUGGACACCUUGAAGGCCAGCCCCAGUGAGGUUGUCUUCUUGGAUGACUUCGGGUCUAAUCUGAAGCCGGCCCGUGACCUGGGAAUGGUCACCAUCCUGGUCCGCGACACUGAGACGGCCCUGAGGGAGCUGGAGAAAGUAACCGGGGUGCAGUUAGUGAACAGGGGAACGGCGCUCCGAGAGCAAGAACCUCUGCAAGCCAGAGUCGGGGAACCCAGACUAGAGCAUGGACUUCAAAGCCACCCAUUCAGACUUCUUCAAACCGCAGCCCCUGAACCCAUCCCGUGCUGUCCAAGCGACAUGAGCCACGGGUACGUGCCGGUGAAGCCUGGGGUGCGCUUGCAUUUUGUGGAGCUGGGCUCUGGCCCGGCCGUGUGUCUCUGCCAUGGGUUUCCUGAGAGCUGGUUCUCUUGGCGGUACCAGAUCCCUGCCCUGGCCCAGGCUGGCUUCCGGGUCCUAGCCGUGGACAUGAAAGGCUACGGAGAGUCAUCUAGCCCUGCUGAAAUAGAAGAAUAUUCCAUGGAAGUGUUAUGCAAGGACAUGGCAACCUUCCUGGAUAAACUGGGCAUCUCUCAAGCUGUGUUCAUCGGCCACGACUGGGGAGGCGCGCUGGUGUGGAACAUGGCCCUCUUCUAUCCUGAGAGAGUGAGGGCAGUGGCCAGUUUGAAUACCCCCUUCAGGCCAGCAAAUCCCAAGCUGUCUGUGAUGGAGCUCAUCAAAGCCAACCCCGUUUACGAUUACCAGCUCUACUUCCAGGAACCGGGAGUGGCUGAGGCUGAGCUGGAGCAGAACCUGAAUCGGACUUUCAGAAGCUUCUUCAGAACACAUGAUGAGACUUUCCUCACCGUGAACAAAGUCCGUGAAGUGGGAGGACUCUUUAUGAACACCCCAGAGGAGCCCAGCCUCAGCAGGAUGGUCACCGAGGGGGACAUCCAGUUCUACGUGCAGCAGUUCAAGAAGUCCGGUUUCAGGGGUCCUCUAAACUGGUACCGGAACAUGGAAAGGAACUGGCAGUGGGGCUGCAAAGCCUUGGGAAGGAAG